AUGAACGUGGGGUGGCGCGCUAGUGGUAAAACUGUGAUCGAUUCACUAGCAUUUGAGUAUGUUCUAGACGGGAAGGCAUAUGAGGCUGGCCCAUGGGGUGGUUCGGGAGGAAACCCCUCUCAGAUCGUAUUUGAAUCUGGCGAGUACCUGACUGCAAUGAAUGGUACCACCGGUCCAUUCAACCAAGUUGCCAACAUACUGAGAUCGCUCACUUUUGUUACCAGUAUUCGCAAGUACGGGCCGUUUGGAGUGGAGGAAGGAACUCCCUUCUCCGUUCCCGUGGCAAAUGGUCGAAUUGUUGGCUUCUACGGACGCUCCGGCGUGUAUGUUGAUGCGCUCGGGAUUUAUCUGAUGCCCAACUGAUGUCGAUUUUUAUGCCGGUCAUCUACGCAAAGGAUUAUGUGUUUCGUUCUAUGUAAUAAAGUCGAGCAUGGAAUGGCCUUCUGCAUUGUAAUCCUUUCUUAAUUCGGAGAAAAUAAAAUUCGAUGAGCUAUCUAGUUCUAGAAAGAAUGAUGAAGUAAUUGAAGCUAGUGUGCUUCCUCCAUUAUGUUACCUCUAAUAUGUUAUCAAUAGCUUUAAGGAUGUCUUUUGCAGUAAUUCUAUAAUUUACUUCAGUGGCACU